AUGCCCUGGCCUCGUCUGCCUGGCGAUAGUGCUGUUGCAGAUAUGCAUGAGGAGAAUAAAGCUGCAGCAAACGGAUGCGGCAAGAUCCGAAGUGGUGCUCAAAAUGGGGCAGCUUUACUUGCCCUGAUGGAGAAGACUGGGUACAGCAUGGUUCAGCAAAAUGGGCAAAGAAAAUUUGGUGGUCCUCCACCAGGUUGGGAAGGUCCUCCACCACCUCGUGGCUGUGAAGUUUUUGUGGGUAAGAUUCCUCGUGAUAUGUAUGAAGAUGAACUGGUUCCUGUUUUUGAGAGAGCCGGGAAGAUCUAUGAGCUCAGACUGAUGAUGGAAUUCAGUGGUGAGAACCGAGGCUAUGCUUUUGUCAUGUACACCACUAAAGAGGAAGCCCAGUUGGCCAUCAAGAUUCUUAAUAAUUAUGAAAUUCGUCCAGGGAAGUUUAUUGGUGUCUGCGUAAGCUUGGACAACUGCAGACUGUUUAUUGGAGCGAUUCCUAAAGAUAAGAAGAAAGAAGAGAUACUGAAUGAAAUGAAAAAAGUUACAGAAGGAGUGGUGGAUGUCAUUGUUUAUCCAAAUGCCACCGACAAAACUAAAAAUCGUGGCUUUGCCUUUGUAGAAUAUGAAUCUCAUAGAGCAGCUGCAAUGGCUAGAAGGCGACUAAUCCCAGGAACAUUCCAGCCCUGGGGUCAUACUAUUCAAGUAGACUGGGCAGAUCCUGAGAAAGUAGUUGAUGAAGAAACUAUGCAGAGAGUCAAAGUAUUGUAUGUGAGAAAUCUAAUGAUAUCUACUACAGAGGACAAAAUCAAAGCUGAAUUCAACAAGUUCAAGCCAGGAGUAGUUGAACGUGUGAAGAAGUUGAGGGACUAUGCUUUUGUUCAUUUUUUCCACCGUGAAGAUGCAGUUGCUGCUAUGUCUAUAAUGAAUGGAAAGUGCAUUGAUGGAGCCAGCAUUGAGGUAACACUGGCAAAGCCAGUAAACAAAGAAAGUUCUUGGAAGCAGCAGCAUUUUAAUGGUCAGAUAAGUCCCAGUUCUGAAAACCUCUUAGGGUUUCCUAACAAAGAAGAUGGUACUCAAAAAUCCUUGGGGAAACCAGCAAGUCUUUCAGUUCGUCUGAAUGGUCAGCACAGUCCAAGCCCUCCUGAAGUUGAAAGAAGUACAUAUCCCAUUUUUCCAGGAAUAAAGCUUACUCCAAUUAGUAUGUAUUCUUUAAAGCUGAGUCACUUCAGUUCUGCAGUAAUGCAUCUGGAUUAUUUUUGCCAUAAAAAUAGCUGGGCACCACCAGAAUACUGCUUGUAUUCAACCACGAGUCAAGAUGGGAAAAUACUCUUGGUGUACAAGGUGCUUAUUUCUAGUAUUGCAGAUGAUUCCCAGACUUAUUUCAUGCCAGAAAAACUCUGUACAACAGUAGAAGAUGCAAAGGAAUUGGCAGCACAGUUCACACUUCUACAUCUAGCCCCUGAGCAAGCAUAUAUAACAUUGCUGUCCUUGAAUGCAGCAUGGUGGGAUAGUAAAGACAACUGCACACCCUACUUGGUUUGA